AUGCUGCUCACGCCUCGCACCUAUUCCAACGCACAAACUGCCGACGCCGGCCGCAAACUUCCUGAACCCUCAUUCUUCGUGUGCACAAAGUCGCGCAAGGAGCUGCAAGCUGAGGAGAAGCGUGCGCUGAGGAUGUUGCUGCUGCACCAAAAAGGGGCUGUCAAAGUAGGCGAGGUUGUGAGGUACACACUUACAUACACGCCCUCCGAAGACCGAAUAUUACCCCCGCCUCCUAUCCUCCAUGUCCGUAUACGCAACUCGUCGGCCAUUCCUCUGCGCGCCGCAUACCUCCAUGGGCCCUACACCAUCCACGUCUCGGCCUACCCCUCCACCUUCAACCCCAACGUCAAAAAUGAAGAUGCCAAGAUCUACGGCGCCCCCGACUUCGAGCCUAACCUAAAGGCAGGAGGUUACUGGAAUACAAAAUUGACGGUGCCCGAGCAUGCGAGGACCGAGAUUCCAGGGUAUAAUGCUGAACCGAAGACCGUCACUUGGAUAAUUGAGAUUGCAUCGCAGAUCAUCUUCUCAAAUUCUGCGUCGGUAAACUACGAAUUGCUAGUUGCACGCGACGAGCGAUCACUUGACCUUGGCUUCACCGCUGUAACGGGGAACACACAUGGAACGCCAGGAAAAGUUCAGGACCACCAGCAAGGAAGCCAGAAGCAUGUUUCAAAUCAUGCAGGACAGCCCAAGGGCGUCUAUUCUAAGGCAGUCAAAUUGGUAGUGGAUGAUACAACUAGUUUGUGGAACAAGCCCGAGUUGCCGGAAUGGAAAGAUGAGGAACCGGGCAGCGAGGGAGAGUCCAAGAAUACUGACCAUGCAAAGGAGCUGGCUGAGCGGAAAAGAAAGAAUAUUCACCUCGUCAUUGUAACACAUGGAUUGCACAGCAAUCUCGGUGCAGACAUGCUGUACCUGAAAGAGAGCAUUGACGCGACUGCAAGACAAGCGCGCGAGAGUCGGCGACAGCGACGCAAGGAGAAAAAGGGGGGUGGGACCAAAGCUGCAGGCAAGGACACAUCCACUGCACCAUUGUCUGGUGGCCAAGAUGAGAUAUCGGAUGCGGAAGAUGAAGACGAAGAAAACGAGGAAGAAGUAGUCGUACGUGGCUUUGACGGCAACGUAAUACGCACCGAACGCGGCAUCCAGUAUCUGGGGAAGCGACUUGCUAAGUACGUCUUGCGUUUAACGUACCCUGACCAGCCAUACCUCCCAAUCAAGAAGACCGUGGGACAAAAGCUGUCCAACACCUUUUCGCCUACAAGAGACAAGGCAGAUGAGGGCAUUCCUGCUCAUCAAGGCAGUAGUGUGCAUCACCUGUUCAAAGGUCGGGACAAACGGGCAUACCGGUUCACCAGCAUCAGCUUUAUCGGCCACUCUCUUGGCGGUCUUGUACAAACGUACGCCAUUGCGUACAUCCACAAACACUCCCCUCACUUCUUCGAUACAAUUAAGCCUGUCAAUUUUAUUGCUCUGGCCUCUCCGUUUCUGGGGUUAAGCAAUGAGAACCCCACCUAUGUCAAGUUUGCACUGGACUUUGGACUGGUUGGUAGAACAGGACAGGAUCUCGGUCUAACCUGGAGAGCACCCACACUGGCAAGGAGUGGCUGGACCGCAAUGGGUAAUGUGUUCGGAACUCAGGGCCAAGCUUCACAGCAGGAGGACCCUGGCGCUAAACCUCUAUUACGAAUUCUUCCUACAGGGCCUGCGCACCAGGUUCUGCGGAAAUUCCGGAAUCGCACCGUAUACUCCAACGUCGUCAAUGAUGGCAUUGUACCACUGCGUACAAGCUGUCUCUUGUUCCUUGACUGGAGAGGGCUGGGUCGGGUACAGAAAGCCCGGAGAGAAAACGGACUCAUCGGUACCGUUGCUGUGUGGGGUUAUGGUCAACUUACGGGGCAAAACUCUUCGCCCAAUCCUUCACGAAUUGGCUUUGCAGAGGACGAAAGCUCUGGAGCUGAUUCUCCAACAUUUCAGGGCGAUGACACAGCUGUACCCCUACCAGGCGCUGAUACGACCAAUCAAGAAGACGAAACACAGGUAUCUACAGUAGAGACUGCGGCGCAUCAAGUGAUUGAAGGACAAAAGAAGAGCCCAGAUGAAAGAGACCCGAACGACAACUAUUUUCAGCCGCAAAAUACGCUGAUGCAGUGGUGGAGCUAUAUCAGGCCCACUGGAAAGCAUACCUCGCGAGACAAGAAGAUGUUCUCGCGAAGCCAGACGAUCUACAAGGAUGAUGAAGAUGAACAAUCUCCUACCCAGGCAGAAGACUCGUCGUCAUCAUCGCGUACGGACCAGCAAAGGAAAAGACCUCGAGCGACGCGUGGCGACUCCAUUGUCGAUAAUCCUCGAAGCAACAUGGCACCACCCAAGACUACGAUAUUCGAGUCGGCUGGUGAUUUGAUCAAUCCCCCUGUACCUCCGCACUCAUGGAUCAACGAUCCAACCACCCGAGCACGCGCCAUCUUUCAUGACAGGAUCUAUCACCCGGAAGAUAUCCCUCCGCCACCAAUCAAGAAGAGGGCCACGCGAAACUUUUCAGGUGAUAGUGUUGCCAGCCAGGCAUCGACAACCAGUGUUGAUGACAGUGUGAUGCGUGUGGAAGAAAAGAUUGCCCGCGCCUAUCAUAAGGAUCUCUCGUGGCGUAAGGUAUUGGUCAGCCUUGAGCCCGACGCCCAUAACAACAUCAUUGUACGCCGUAUGUUCGCCAACGCAUAUGGGUGGCCUGUCAUCAAACAUCUUUGUGAUACCCACUUUGCCGACACAUACUCGGCUAACACGCGCACUGAGCUCGAGCCUGCAGUUGAGCGAGCCGAGCCAAUGGACAAGCCUAUCGACAGAAAUGGCGAGCGAGUCAAGGGGCAGCAGAAUCAACACCCACCUGUUGAACGUUCCGACAGUGAGAUGCGCGAGGUAGCUGACGAGUUGGCGCCUCUGCACCCGCUCACUUUGAAGAUGCCAAAGAGAUCCAAUACGACCGACUCUAUGCAUAGUAUCGGGUCUGGUGACUGGGAUAGCAUCUACUUCAACGAGACUAGCGACGAUGAAGACGAGUUCGACGAUCGUAAUGCCGUGCAGCGUUUCUUCCAGCCUAAUAGUGCAAAGAGCCCCCGAAGCCCUGGUUUUCCACCUAAGACACCUGACGGAAAGGGCACUAGUCAAGCGGACAUUGCCGACUUCCUUCGUGGGUCUAAUGUUGAAGUUCACAGGGGUCUUGGCGCAAGCCCGAAGAGUAGGACUGCUCCUACUCUGACCGCUGAGCCAGACUCAAUCGAACCCGGCGAAUCUUCUACUGCGAAUGAACAAGUGGAACAAGCCUCGACCCAUUCUGAGGCACCUAUGGGUAGGAUUAGCGGGGUUGGCUUGAGGAAUGCUGCUGACGUUUCUGCAUCUCCAGAGGGUAGUAAAGCGAGUCCUGGAGGCAGUAGCGUCACUGAGCAGGUUGCCAGACUGAGCAGCCCCAAGGCUGACAAGCAGGAUGAUGCUAGCUCGUAG